UAGCUCUCAGAUAAGCCCGGGCUUUUUCCCUUCUCCGAAACUUCUGGUAAAACGACUGCUCCACGGAAGUGACGACUGAAUAAAUGACAUUUCACAGACGCUGCGACCCUCUCCCACGAGCGUGUACCUAGCGUGCGCCGGUACCACUCACACCCAACGACGGUCCCGAACCGCACACGACGCCCGUCGUCCCGCCACCUGAGGGCCGAGCGCGGCACACGCGCAGGCGACGCGCACACCGGCUCGGGGACCCCAGACUGCAACGCGCCCCCUCGAGCACUAGGCGCCGCCACACGCGGGCACGCCCGCGCCCCGCCCACCUCGAAACUCCGUGAAAUCCGGCCUUGAGGCUCGGCUGUCCCUUCGUGCCUGGAGACUACGUUUCCCAGAAGAGACUGCGGCGACGACCCACUCGCGAGGCAGCAUCGGCGGUGCUUUGUGCGCCUGCGCCAUCUUCCGGCUCCAGGCGGCGGGCCCGCCGAUACCGAGGAGGAAACGCAGCCGGGGCUCCGCGGAGUGCGGCCACGGUGGCACCUGAACCCGGGGAGGCGGCAGCUCUGCCAUCUCAGGACUCUGCCCUUCCCAAGAGAGGAACCAGGAGGAGGACCCAUCAGCCCAUGAAAUUCUUAAAGUCAUGUCCCUUGAUUCAGACCUGUUCAGGGACGUGGCCGUAGUCUUCUCCCGAGAAGAAUGGGAACGGCUGGCUCCCGCUCAGAGGGUUUUGUACAGAGACGUGAUGCUGGAGACAUAUAGCAACCUGGUCUCACUGGGUCUUGCCAUCUACAAACCUGACGUGAUUUCCUUCUUGGAGCAAGGCAGAGAGCCCUGGCUGGUAGAGGAAGCAGCAGGAAGAAGCCGGUGUCCAGUCUUGGAGUCCAAGUUUGAUAGCCAGGCAUCCUCCCCAGAGCAGCACAUUUAUGAAAUGCAGUUACCACAGUGGGAGAUAAUGGAAAGCCUUACAAGUUACGGACUUGAGUGCUCGAGGUUUCAAGAUGAUUGGGAAUGCAGAAGCCAGUUUGAUGGACAACAGGGAAAUGCAGAUGGACAGCUGAGUCAAAUGGCGAUCAGUCGUGAAGAAAUACCUACUUUAAACCAAGAAACAUCCUUUCCUUUUUAUCAGAAAAUUCAUCCUGAAGAAAAACCUUAUGGAUAUAACAAAUGUAGAAAAGACUUCUGGCAGGAAGACUUCCUUAUUAAUCAUCAAGACAUUCAUGCUAAUGAGAAACCCUAUAAAUGUAAGGAAUGUGGCAAGGCCUUUAAAUAUGGCUCACGACUAAUUCAACAUGAGAAUAUUCAUUCUGGCAAGAAGCCCUAUGAAUGUAAUGAAUGUGGAAAGGCCUUCAAUUCCGGCUCAAAUUUCAUACAACAUCAGAGAGUUCAUACUGGUGAGAAACCUUAUGAAUGUAAGGAUUGUGCAAAGGCCUUUAGCCGAAGCUCACAGCUGAUUGAACAUCAGCGAAUUCAUACUGGUGAGAAGCCCUAUCAAUGUAAGGAAUGUGGCAAGGCCUUCAACAGGAUCUCACAUCUUAAAGUACAUUUAGAAUUCAUACUGGUGAAAAACCCUAUGCAUGCAAGGAGUGUGGGAAGACCUUUAGUCAUCGGUCUCAGCUGAUUCAACAUCAGACUAUUCAUACGGGCAAGAAACUCUAUGAAUGUAAGGAAUGUGGGAAGGCCUUUAACCAAGGCUCAACGCUUAUUAGACAUCAGAGAAUCCAUACUGGCGAGAAACCCUAUGACUGCAAGG